UCAGUGGGGGGUGAGAGAAAAGCAGGAGAGGGACAGAAUAACUUCUGAGAGGGGGAAGAAAUCCCAGUUUCCUCUCUCCCAGUUUCAAGUCUGGAGACCUUUCAGGGAAUCAAGAACAGGCCAAAAAUGAGAAAUAAAUGUAUCAAAUGCAUCUGAUGAUCUGUAUAUCUUGUGCCACUACACAUCUACAACUAAAUUUUACAUAUACUCAGUCACUUCAGGGGAAAUCUCUUCAUUCCUUCUGAAGAAACAGAGUGAACCAUCACACCCAAUUCUUGCUGGAGGGAAUUAAGAUUCAGCUCUUUUUUUGGGAAGCAUUCUCUUGUCCCAUCAGCUCUCCAUCAUGACCCUGCUGGCCUCUGAAAGGUCUCUUCUCAUACGAAACAAGUUUCGUUCAGUCCUGCAGCUGCGAAUACAGAACCGCAGGCAGCAAAAUGAAGUCAGUGCAGAUGCUGGUGUGAAAACCACCAAUGACUCUCAACUGGGAGAGAAGGAAUCUAGCAGUGUGUGUCUGCCCGAUGACAACACCACUCAGAAGUUGCCCCCUAGUGGGCUGAGCACAGACACUGCAAACAGCACAGCACAAGACUGGGGUAGUGGGGCAGGGCAGAAGCAGAAAAGAGCCCGGCUCGCAGAGGAUCUCAGUGAGAAGAUCCAGCGCCGGCCAGGCCCUCUAGAGUUGCUGCAGAAGCACAUCCUACCCUUGGAAACUGCUGCAGUUCCUUUCCCGCAGCUGUCAGAUCUCUCUGAAGAUGAGAUAUCUUGCUGCUCCUCCUCAUCAUCUCCCGAGCAACUCGGGGUUCAUCAGUCACCAAGCUUCUCUGCAUCUCCAGGUGUAACAGGUGACCAGUCGCUAAGCGAUUUGUCACCUGGCUCCACUGUCCUUAGCCAGAGCCCCACCCACUUUCAGUGUAGCCUAGCAUUGCCCCCGGCAACCGAGGACAUAAAUCAGCCAAUGACAGUAACUGUGGUUGAUUCAGACUCCUUGGCAACAUCCAGGAGAGCCAAGGGAAUCUUUUUUACCACUCAGGCUACACCACUGCUGCCAAAGACAGCCCAGCCACCGACAAGUCCUCCACCUCAGUCUACUCUUGGCUCUUCUGUCCCUCCCACUCGGCCACCCCGCUCAAAAAAGCCCCGUGAUUCUAAACCCAAAAUGAAGAAACUCAAAUACCACCAGUAUAUUCCCCCUGACCAGAGGGGUGGAACUGGGGGUGGAGUUGGAGGAGGUGCUCCACAGAGGAGCUCCACCUCUGCUCCGCCCAUUGACCCUGCUUAUUCGCGCCUCCUACAGCAACAGCAGGUGUUUCUGCAGCUGCAGAUCUUAAACCAGCAACAACAGCAGCAACAGAUUGCUAUAACACCCAGUGGUGACCCUCAAAUAGUAAGGUUUUCUGGGGCCACACCAGCAGCCUGCCCCCAACCGGUCCCCAUAGCAACGAACUCCAGCAGUGACCCAAAUCCCAGCCACAAACCUGAGCUUCUCCCCCCCAACCUUGAUGAUCUAACGGUCUCAGAGCUACGGCAGCAACUCCGUAAGCGAGGGCUGCCAGUCUCUGGCACCAAGCCCUCCCUCUUGGAGCGGCUGCGACCCUACCAGCUCCCUCGUCCGUGCCUACCCCCUGUGCCUCUCUGCCCACCAGCGACCCCGUCGCUGGCUGCAAACAUGAAUCAAAAUUCCCCCAGUGACCCAGCUAGUGCCUACAUCCCACACAAUAAUAUGGCAACAAGAGGAAGCCCAAAUGGGAGUGAGCAGAGCAGGCUGAGAGUAGGGUUCCUCACUACAACCCCUGCUACCACAGUCUCCAGCCUCUCGCUCCCUUCUUCUUCUCCCUUGUCCUCUGGGACGUCCUGGAGGUCAGGCCAGGCUGCUGAGGAGUUGAGCGUGGAGUUAGAGAUGAGGGAGAGAAUGAGGAGCCGCCCAAGGGAAAGACCUCAGGAAAUGGCUGUUAACAUAGGAGGAGACAGUUCCUCUGAAAGUUCCCUCCAUCCGUUCCUGCAACAGGAAACAGGAUGCCAAAAAGAAACCUCAGAAACUGAUGGUGCAGAGGUGUUAUUUACCCAGGUUCUUUGCUGUCAGCCCUGUGAUGUCAUUGGGCAGGAUUUUGAGCUGCCCAUGCAGAUCACUGCUAGCCCACCUCAGAUCACUUCUGGUGGUAGGAGUCUAGAGGAGGAGCUGCAAGAGGCCAUCCAGAGAGUUCUGAUGGCUCCGAGCCAGUCUAUAGAUGACAUUCUGGAUGAACCUAUUAGCUGUACAGAUGCAGUUUCCUCUGUCUCUGAACUCCAGGCUGCAGCAGGUCCUGUUUCAGGCACCUCUUCACCUUCCCUCAUUGACCAAUCAAAUUCUUUUCCCCACCCACCCAAGGAUGAAAACCUACUGUCCUCCCCUCUCUGUUCCUCUCUUCUCCUGGAGCUUCCGCCAUCACCCUCAAACAUUUCCCAACUUGCCCCACCACAGCCUCCACCACCACCUCCUAUUUGCACCACUCCUCCCACAACAACCUUGUCCAGAAAGAGACGAGAGGCUGCAACCUUUGACCCAGCUGACUGGCUAGAGUCGCUGACCUCUGGCCUGCGACCUCUGACCCCUCCAGCCGCACCAUUUGUUGAAACCGACUUCGGUCUGGACUCGGAUCUCAAUGUGAAUCGUGUUUUGGAUAUGAUGGUGGAACAGUGGUGAUGGUAGGACCGAGUAUUUAUGUGUUUUUGUGCGCACAGAGGGAUAGAAGGCAAAAUGCCAGUCCACAUCUGUGAAUUGAUAUAAUUUUUGUUGUGACUUUUUUUGGAAAGACCCAUUCCUGAGCCGGACAAGUAGUAGUAAAGCAAAAUUCUUAAAUAUGCUACAGUAGUGAAGUGAUUGGGGUUUUGUCCAUCUUUUGGGAUGGUGGGGCAGUGAAAUGAGUGAAGUGCCAGUUACUGUAGGGCUCGCUUCCUACACUCUUCAAAAUUAGUCUUUCACAUGGCAAAGACUGAAAUUACACGGCACCCAUGGAUUGUCUGCAAAGACUCAGUUGCUUGUCUUAGGUUAAGAUAUUUCUGAUCUCAUGUCUAGUUGUGAGUCCAGCUCAUACUCCAGGUGUCAGUCAAACAACUGCCAAAAGAAAUGCCAGGACUCCAUUCCUCCCUGCUGGAAUUUAUUGCAGGGACUAUUGCAGUUACCAUAAUGGGUAGAAUUUUGUUUUUGCUGCUUCAUAAUGUGAGUUUUUAUACCACCUCUCUGUCUCUCCAUCCACACAUCCCAUCUUUCCAUUUUUCACCCCUGUCCCUUGUGUGACCAAACGGGCAGUGUGAGAAGGAGCUUUGUGAGGGUGUGUGAGACACGGAAAGUUGAGAGACAAGCUCGACGGAUGUACUCACUGUUAACCUUGACAGCCAAACAAGGGGGGAACACACACAUGGAAGUAUGCAAUGACAUCACAAUGUGGAUUAAAUGUUUGUCCCAGUCCACAGUUGGACACAGCAGUAGAUAGAAUUCAGCUGCCAGAGGCUGCUGGGAAGUUUUUAUAUGUAGUCAGUGAUGUCCCUGAGCUCUGUAUGUUUGUUGGACUUUUUUUUUUUUUUUUUUUGUGUGUGUUUAUGUA